AUGACUGGAUUUGUGUGGUGGAUGGAAGAGGGGAUCCCAACAACAACGGCACCUGCAACAACAACUACAGUUCCACCAGUUACCACCCGUAUAUGUGCAGAGAACAGUUCGAUGACCGAUACCGAUGUCCUCAACAUUUUAAAAGAUAUUCCAACUGAAAUCACUAUUGAAUAUAUUGAUGGAACUGAGGAGGAUGUAUUGCUUACAAACUUGAAAGAUAUUCCCAAACUUUCAGAACUUGUAAAGCCAGGCAAUACACAAAAAAUUACAGUAAAUGUUACUCUCCCACAACCAAUAGAGGAUGUUUCUGGCCUUUUGGAAGAGGAACCAGCAGCCUUGUUCGUAGUCUUUAGCGAACCAAACUCAUAUACUCAAACUGAAGUUACAGUGGAUAUCGUUGUGAUUGAUGAAAACAACGACGUCACCAUUAAGCCCCUGGAGGAGAUAGAGCGACUUACCGAUAACGACCAGACAUAUGAACGCUCAUGGUCUCUAGACAAGUUGGACAAGACUCUAGGAUUUAUUUUCACCUUUAAACCGGUUCAAGUACCUGGAACGACAACAACCCCCAGCGAACCAUCUGAAACUAUUGGAGAAUUCCUCGUUGAUAUUUGCACAAGGAUCCCAACAACAACGGCACCUGCAACAACAACUACAGUUCCACCAGUUACCACCCGUAUAUGUGCAGAGAACAGUUCGAUGACCGAUACCGAUGUCCUCAACAUUUUAAAAGAUAUUCCAACUGAAAUCACUAUUGAAUAUAUUGAUGGAACUGAGGAGGAUGUAUUGCUUACAAACUUGAAAGAUAUUCCCAAACUUUCAGAACUUGUAAAGCCAGGCAAUACACAAACAAUUACAGUAAAUGUUACUCUACCACAACCAAUAGAGGAUGUUUCUGGCCUUUUGGAAGAGGAACCAGCAGCCUUGUUCGUAGUCUUUAGCGAACCAAACUCAUAUACUCAAACUGAAGUUACAGUGGAUAUCGUUGUGAUUGAUGAAAACAACGACGUCACCAUUAAGCCCCUGGAGGAGAUAGAGCGACUUACCGAUAACGACCAGACAUAUGAACGCUCAUGGUCUCUAGACAAGUUGGACAAGACUCUAGGAUUUAUUUUCACCUUUAAACCGGUUCAAGUACCUGGAACGACAACAACCCCCAGCGAACCAUCUGAAACUAUUGGAGAAUUCCUCGUUGAUAUUUGCACAAGGAUCCCAACAACAACGGCACCUGCAACAACAACUACAGUUCCACCAGUUACCACCCGUAUAUGUGCAGAGAACAGUUCGAUGACCGAUACCGAUGUCCUCAACAUUUUAAAAGAUAUUCCAACUGAAAUCACUAUUGAAUAUAUUGAUGGAACUGAGGAGGAUGUAUUGCUUACAAACUUGAAAGAUAUUCCCAAACUUUCAGAACUUGUAAAGCCAGGCAAUACACAAACAAUUACAGUAAAUGUUACUCUACCACAACCAAUAGAGGAUGUUUCUGGCCUUUUGGAAGAGGAACCAGCAGCCUUGUUCGUAGUCUUUAGCGAACCAAACUCAUAUACUCAAACUGAAGUUACAGUGGAUAUCGUUGUGAUUGAUGAAAACAACGACGUCACCAUUAAGCCCCUGGAGGAGAUAGAGCGACUUACCGAUAACGACCAGACAUAUGAACGCUCAUGGUCUCUAGACAAGUUGGACAAGACUCUAGGAUUUAUUUUCACCUUUAAACCGGUUCAAGUACCUGGAACGACAACAACCCCCAGCGAACCAUCUGAAACUAUUGGAGAAUUCCUCGUUGAUAUUUGCACAAGGAUCCCAACAACAACGGCACCUGCAACAACAACUACAGUUCCACCAGUUACCACACGUAUAUGUGCAGAGAACAGUUCGAUGACCGAUACCGAUGUCCUCAACAUUUUAAAAGAUAUUCCAACUGAAAUCACUAUUGAAUAUAUUGAUGGAACUGAGGAGGAUGUAUUGCUUACAAACUUGAAAGAUAUUCCCAAACUUUCAGAACUUGUAAAGCCAGGCAAUACACAAACAAUUACAGUAAAUGUUACUCUACCACAACCAAUAGAGGAUGUUUCUGGCCUUUUGGAAGAGGAACCAGCAGCCUUGUUCGUAGUCUUUAGCGAACCAAACUCAUAUACUCAAACUGAAGUUACAGUGGAUAUCGUUGUGAUUGAUGAAAACAACGACGUCACCAUUAAGCCCCUGGAGGAGAUAGAGCGACUUACCGAUAACGACCAGACAUAUGAACGCUCAUGGUCUCUAGACAAGUUGGACAAGACUCUAGGAUUUAUUUUCACCUUUAAACCGGUUCAAGUACCUGGAACGACAACAACCCCCAGCGAACCAUCUGAAACUAUUGGAGAAUUCCUCGUUGAUAUUUGCACAAGGAUCCCAACAACAACGGCACCUGCAACAACAACUACAGUUCCACCAGUUACCACCCGUAUAUGUGCAGAGAACAGUUCGAUGACCGAUACCGAUGCCCUCAACAUUUUAAAAGAUAUUCCAACUGAAAUCACUAUUGAAUAUAUUGAUGGAACUGAGGAGGAUGUAUUGCUUACAAACUUGAAAGAUAUUCCCAAACUUUCAGAACUUGUAAAGCCAGGCAAUACACAAAAAAUUACAGUAAAUGUUACUCUCCCACAACCAAUAGAGGAUGUUUCUGGCCUUUUGGAAGAGGAACCAGCAGCCUUGUUCGUAGUCUUUAGCGAACCAAACUCAUAUACUCAAACUGAAGUUACAGUGGAUAUCGUUGUGAUUGAUGAAAACAACGACGUCACCAUUAAGCCCCUGGAGGAGAUAGAGCGACUUACCGAUAACGACCAGACAUAUGAACGCUCAUGGUCUCUAGACAAGUUGGACAAGACUCUAGGAUUUAUUUUCACCUUUAAACCGGUUCAAGUACCUGGAACGACAACAACCCCCAGCGAACCAUCUGAAACUAUUGGAGAAUUCCUCGUUGAUAUUUGCACAAGGAUCCCAACAACAACGGCACCUGCAACAACAACUACAGUUCCACCAGUUACCACACGUAUAUGUGCAGAGAACAGUUCGAUGACCGAUACCGAUGUCCUCAACAUUUUAAAAGAUAUUCCAACUGAAAUCACUAUUGAAUAUAUUGAUGGAACUGAGGAGGAUGUAUUGCUUACAAACUUGAAAGAUAUUCCCAAACUUUCAGAACUUGUAAAGCCAGGCAAUACACAAAAAAUUACAGUAAAUGUUACUCUCCCACAACCAAUAGAGGAUGUUUCUGGCCUUUUGGAAGAGGAACCAGCAGCCUUGUUCGUAGUCUUUAGCGAACCAAACUCAUAUACUCAAACUGAAGUUACAGUGGAUAUCGUUGUGAUUGAUGAAAACAACGACGUCACCAUUAAGCCCCUGGAGGAGAUAGAGCGACUUACCGAUAACGACCAGACAUAUGAACGCUCAUGGUCUCUAGACAAGUUGGACAAGACUCUAGGAUUUAUUUUCACCUUUAAACCGGUUCAAGUACCUGGAACGACAACAACCCCCAGCGAACCAUCUGAAACUAUUGGAAAAUUCCUCGUUGAUAUUUGCGCAAGUAAGCAUGAUUUAUAUGCCAAACGUGAGAAGGAAUCCAUUGAUUCCAUCGACAGAGAUAAUAGCUAUUGCGAGUAG